AUGGCAAAAGUUUUAGAUUCACCUGCUGUACCACCAUUCUCUGUAUCGGAUCACAGAACCCUUGCUCAACGAUGGGGAAAGUGGACAAAGUCGCUCGAUUAUUAUCUCUGUGCGUCUGGAGUAACUGAUCAGAAACAAAAACGUGCUGUUUUACUACACUUUGCUGGCUCUGAUGUACGAGAAAUCGUCGAAUCCCUGCCUAACACUGGCGAUGAUUAUAUGACUGCCCUCGAGAAAUUUAACGAGUAUUUUCACCCGAAUAGAAAUAUUCCAUAUGAGCGCCAUGUUUUUUUGGCAAGCUUCCCAACAGCUCGACGAAUCAAUGGACGUAUUUCUCACUCAAUUACGUAUUUUGAGCAAAACAUGUGUUUUUGGUGAACAAACAGACGAAGCUAUUCGUGAUCAAGCAAUUGAUAAAUGUGUUUCAAAAGAACUUCGCCGUCGUUUACUUCGCGAACCUGACAUCGACCUCUCCAAGCUAUUGACAACUUCCCGCGCAUUGGAACAGUCUCAUUUUCAAGCUCAAGAAAUGGAACAGCCCUUUACGCAACCCAGCGAUUCCAUCAAUGCCAUUCGCCCUAGGUACAACACAGAGAACUCCGGUGUUUCUCGCCGUGAAACUCCAAGCCACAUUAAUACUGGAGCUAGUCGAGGGGCUAGUAAUUCGUCACUAUACAAUCAAUCAAAAGAAGAGUUUACAAGAUGGCGUUCCCAGCCUUGUUAUUGA